UCCAGCACUCAGAGCAUGAGCUACGGAGGUGUCGAAGGCUUUAUGAUAUCCUGGGUAACACAAAUUAGUCGUCAGGGGAGGUUUGAAAAUGAUGGGACGCGGUAAAAGCUAGUGAGAGGGCUUGACCGUGCUAAACACUUUUAGGGCAGGAGCACUAGAUGAUAGACAACUUUACAACCCUGGUGAAAAAAGUGAAAAUCGUAUCUUAAACUUGGUGUGCUUUCCUUUAGACUUUUGGCCGAUAUGGGUAAUGGAAUUAGCAAGGUCCUGCCUGAUCUGUAUCUUGGAAAUAUAAAAGAUGCACGAGACAGGGAGCUGCUGGCAGAGCACAACAUCACCCACAUCCUGUCCAUCCAUGACACAGCUGCACCCAUCCUGGAGGACAUGACGUACCUUUGUAUAUCUGCUGCUGACCACUCUAAGCAAAACCUGGUUCAGUACUUCAGGGACAGCAUCAUGUUUAUCCACGAGUCCCGACUGAAAGGAGAGGGCUGCCUUGUGCACUGUGUUGCAGGAGUGUCCCGCAGUGUGACUCUGGUGGUGGCUUACAUUAUGACGGUGACCGGUCGAGGAUGGGUGGAGUCCCUGGCGGCAGUGAGGGCGGUUCGGCCAUGCGCAGGGCCCAACCUGGGCUUUCUCCGGCAGCUGGAGGAGUUUGAAAACACAGAACUGGCAGAAUAUCGGGCCUGGUGGAAGGACCGAUAUGGGAAGAGCUCACUCAACGAUGAUAAAGAGAUGGAAACCCUUUUAACACAGAAAUCCGACAGCAACAGCAGCAACAAUAUAACAACCAGCAUCACUCCUGCACGGAGCACAAGUGGCACCUGAAAAAAAGUCUUCUGUCAAGUCAUGCAGCUGAGGGACUGCUUUGCUUCUAUUUGGACAACGAAACUGACUAAGACGAGACCAGCUGUUUGCCUUCAUCAUCAAUCCUGCAGAGAAAAGCUGCAGCAGGAACUCUCUCUGUAUCAAUAUGACAUGUUGAAUCUCAUGUUCGCAGAAUGGCUAAGGAGCCGUGUGGGGGGGGGAUUUUUAUGUCAUUACCUCUGUCCCCCUCAUCAUAUCAUGUCCUUGCCUCUAACUGUCAAAACAACAUGCAAGGGCAGUCAAGCAUGACACCAAGGAAAUAUGUACAUACAGUCCAAAGUGUGAACGCACAUUUUGCAGCGUUCACUCCCCCUGUUAGUUACGUUAUGCUGUGUCUUCUACUUGAAAUAUGAGUAUUACUUUCUAUAGCCAGUUUGAAAGCUAAAGAAUACUGUAUCUUCCAGUAAAACAGUAUCAAAGGCAGUAUUUGUUUAUUUAUUUACGCGUUGUAGUUUUAUUCCGUAAUGUUUCUUUUUGUCUGUAUUGUAAAAAAGUUUGUGUAGCCUAAACAAGACUCUCAAUCAUACCAUGAGAAGAAGAAUUAACAGUAAAUGCCUGUAUUCAUUUUAAUGUCAACAGCUUGUGGAGUUUAUGAUUCACACCUACAUAUCUGCUCCAGACUAUGAUUUGCACAUUUGCAUUUUAUUUAAUUAAAUA